CGGCGCGGCAUUCAGUUGAUUCAAUCCAUCGUACCGAAACGACACGCAUGUCUUUUCGUGUCUUUAAAAUUUUAUAUAUUUAAUUCAACAUAUUACAAACAUUGAAGUUAUAAAUAAUCGUACAGUUACAUAGUAACAGUGUUGAGAAAAUGAAAACUUUUCAAAGUUUUUCUUGGAUGUGAAAAUAAGAAUCGCUCGGUCCAUUGACACCUAUCAGGCAAGAGUUGACUUUCGGCAAUGAAUUUAGUCGUGUACCUGUUGUGAUACGUUUUAAUUCCUUAAGAUUUUCACUUGCAGUCGGAAACGGCUUACGUAGACGAAGUAGCGGUAAAUUGUCGGUUCGCGCCGCACGCGACUUAUUGCGUCGGUUAAGUUAAAACGUCGGGUUUUCAAGUGAUUUUUGUCGAAACAGGGAACAUAGAACGCUUAGAGUCGGCAAUACCGUUAGCGUGUAUUAGUAUGCAUAGGUGAAGUCAACUCUGCGACUGAGUUUGCGCGUACUGGAUGGACUAGUGAAGGGGGAAGGUGGGUUGUGUUACUCUGUGGCGUCUCAGUGUAUGGCGCGAUGAUCAGCGGGGGCUGGGUGUGCGCCCUGCACGUGCGGACGGCGGGCCUUGCCGGCGCCGCUUUGGGCUCAGAUGAAGAGGAGAUCGUCUAUUUAGCCUACGUUGUUAUUGAUGUUCUCACCAACCAGGUGAUAGGACAACGUGAAUAUGCGGUACGUCCGACAAGACGACCGUCGGCGGAGCUGCAAACGGGACAGCCUUUAGAAAUAGUUGUACAACAGUUCGAUGAAUUCAUUCGUUCAUUACAAGUUGAUCCACACUCGCCUCUGUUCAGGCUAGUUACGGACGGACAGCCGCCUCUCAGACAAUGCCUGCACCCUGAAGCAUGCAGUAAAGAGAUCAAUCUGCCGACUUACUACGCGCGCUUCCAUGACUUACGCAAGGAGUACGUCCGGGCGUACACGCUGCGGGCGGUGGCGCCACGCACGCAAGCACCACCACCCCCGCCACCACCCGACCACCCCACGACACUGCAUGACAUGCUCGAAUAUUUAGGUAUAACUCCUUACAGCGGAGACAAUUUCUACGCCGGAGAAGCAAAGGACAUGGCCAGCAUAAUACAAAGGAUAAUCUCUGAUGGUUUUAGGUUGGAACUCCCUGAAACAAUCGACUUAAUUUUAGAAACUGGAAUUUGCUCAAAAGACGAUGAAAUAGACGGCAACUGCAUAGUUCGCGCUCGUGGACUGCCCUGGCAGUCGUCAGACCAAGACAUAGCUAAAUUCUUUAGAGGGCUAAAUGUUGCCAAGGGUGGCGUAGCGCUGUGCCUAUCACCACAGGGUAGACGCAACGGUGAGGCCCUGGUGCGCUUCGUGUCGCAGGAGCACAGAGACAUGGCGCUCAAACGUCAUAAACACCACAUCGGCCCGCGGUACAUCGAGGUGUACCGUGCAAGCGGAGAGGACUUCUUGUCGGUGGCGGGAGGUGCCACGUGCGAGGCGGCCGCAUUCCUGUCGCGCGGCGCUCAGGUCAUAGUGCGCAUGCGCGGACUGCCAUACGAUGCCACGCCGCAACAAGUGCUGGACUUUUUCUCAACGGGCGACGAUCCUGUCCAAGUGCUAGAUGGUUUGGAAGGCGUACUGUUCGUGCGGCGGCCGGACGGUAGAGCCACGGGGGAUGCGUUCGUGCUGUUUCCUAAAGAAGAGGACGCGCCUAAAGCCCUCUCCAGACAUCGUAAACUCAUCGGCGCGAGGUACAUCGAACUGUUCCGAUCGACCACUGCUGAAGUGCAACAGGUAUUAAACCGUUCUCUGGAGACGCGCACGAGCACCGCUAGCACGCCGUCUACUGCCAGCGCGCCGGCUGAAGGUCUCCUGCCUGUGACGCUGGUGCCGCAGCACGUCAUCACCUCGGGCACCGCUAAAGACUGUGUCAGGCUCAGGGGACUGCCGUAUGAAGCGCAGGUGGAGCACAUUUUGACAUUUUUGGACGAGUUCGCCAAGAACAUCGUUGUACAGGGCGUCCACAUGGUUUAUAAUGCACAGGGUCACCCUAGCGGCGAGGCGUUCAUACAGAUGGACAGCGAGACCAGCGCCUACCUCUGCGCCCAGCACAAGCACCAUCGCUACAUGACCUUCGGGAAGAAGCAGCGGUACAUAGAGGGUUGUGUCAUCCAGGUGUUCCAGUGCUCCGGCGACGACAUGAACCUCGUGCUGACGGGCGGCGUGACCCCCUCCACCUCGCCCAAGGUGCUGUCGCCCGGUACGUUGCUGCCCCCUCCCGCGCCCGCGCCGCGUCUGCUCGCGCACCACAUCGCUCACCAGACCCUCCUCGCGCGCCAGCACGAGAACCUCCUGCUCGCCUCGCUGCGCCCCCCCCUCCUGCCCAUCCUCCCCUACAGGCAAACCGCCCCCACCUACCAGCUCCCCCUUCUCCCCGCGCAGCAACAGAUCCUUCCCACCAAACGGACGUACGAGCGUGCGUUCACGCAAGCCGAAGCUCCCCCCGCGAAGCGCCCGUACUCCGCGCCGCAAAUCGCUCCCCUCUCUUUACCCGUAUUCUCUUACGGCAGUUCGACUCCUAUAUUUUCGUACGCGAACACAAGCCCCAUGUUGUCAUACGCGAACGCCCUCCCGACUGCAAUACCGACUGCUCUCCCCGCGGGCUACAGUACGCCACUUUCGGCCGCUCUUCCCCCCACUAUGACGUCACCGUUCCCCGCCACGCUGUCAAUGUUCCCCACUUACCCCUACUAUCCCGGGGUUUAAUACCAUUUCUUAUAUACAUACGCAUGUAGCACAUCGAGUUACUAAAUCUCGUUCGACGUUUUCAAUGUAGUCACAUAUCGGCGAGUUAUUUUCAUGUGAUUAAUCUAAACGUUAAAUAUCUUCCCUUAUUAACUAUACAGUAAAAAUUUACAAUUUAUAAAUAGUUCCAACGUACCUUAUGAAAUUAUUCAACGUUACAAAAGUAAUCGCGUUGGCAGAAGUUCUUAAAUUUUUUUUGCCUUUUUGGCGUCACGGUGUAAAAAAAGUUAUGGUUUUCUUAAUAUACCUAAAUAAUAAACUUACGAUUAACUUCGUUUUAACAGGGUAAUAAAAAUGACAAUGAGCUCAAAAAU